AUGUCCAUCCUCUCUGAAAGACAGAAGGAUGAACUACACAAGUCCAUCCUCGAAUACCUCCAUUCCCAGAAUUUCACCGAAGCCUACAGUGCGCUUAAGAGCGAAGCAAAUGUUGACUAUACCCCUGAUCCCAAAUCCAAAUAUGCCCUCCUACUCGAGAAGAAGUGGACUAGUGUCAUUCGAUUGCAGAAGAAGAUUAUGGACCUAGAGAACCGCAAUGCCGCGCUGCAAGAGGAGGUAUCGAUGUCUCCCGCCAAACGCGCCGCGUCGCAGACCGACUGGGUACCACGAGCACCAGCAGGUCGCGUUUUGACUGGCCACAGGGGCGAGAUCACCAAAGUCACGUUUCAUCCCGCGUACUCUCUACUUGCUUCCGCAAGCAAUGACGCAACCAUCAAAAUCUGGGAUUGGGAGACGGGAGAAUAUGAGCGCACUCUCAAGGGCCAUACACGAGCCGUAAACGACGUAGAUUUUGACUCGAAAGGCAACCUCCUUGCAUCUUGUUCUGCUGAUUUAUUCAUCAAGAUCUGGGACACUCAAAACGACUGGAAAAAUAUAAAGACCAUGCCUGGUCACGAUCAUAGCAUUUCAUCUGUUCGAUUUAUGCCAGGAGAUGAUUUCAUUGUCAGUGCCGGGAGGGAUCGAACAAUACGAGUGUGGAACGUCGCUCUAGGGCAUCAAGUACGGUUAUUAUCCGGACACGGCGAAUGGGUUCGGUGUGUUGCCCCUUCGGAUGACGGCCGGUUACUUGCAAGCUGUUCAAACGAUCACACUGGGCGUAUAUGGGAUUAUCAAUCUGGAGAAACCAAAAUCGAGUUGCGAGGACACGAAAACGUCAUAGAGACAAUUGUUUUUGCACCUACAAAUGCAUAUCCACCAAUACGAGAAUUAGGCGGUCUGACUGCUGACCGGUCAAAACUACCAGGAUUGUACGCCGCAACAGGCGGGCGUGAUAAAUUUAUCAAAUUGUGGGAUACGUCAACUGGACAGCUUAUUCGUAACCUUCCGGGUCAUGAUAAUUGGGUACGCGCGCUUGUAUUCCACCCGACAGGGAAGUUCCUGCUUUCGUGCUCCGAUGACAAGACGAUCCGAGUGUGGGAGCUUGCGACCGGGCGGUGUAUCAAAACGGUCGAAGCUCAUGGGCAUUUUGUGCAGAGCAUGGCGUGGGGACGAGCGACGACUGGCGGAGUGAGGCCAAACGGCACGGACGGUGCUCCAGAUAGCAGGGGAGAAGACGAAAAGCGAGUGAAUGUGGUCGCUACGGGAAGCGUCGAUCAGACUAUCAAAGUCUGGACGCCCUAGCAGCGUUACGUCCGAAUUCGCGCGCUCAGGAUCGUCUUGCCGUGUUCUCCUUAUUUUCUUGCUUUGCCAAUGCUUUGCCAUCGCCCGGGUGGUGUCUCUGCCUAGUCCUAAUCGGGAGCUAUGCGUGCGGCACACACCUACACUUUCCCAUCUGGAAUUCGAAGCGUCGUGGAGAAGACCGUUGAGGCCAUCCCAAAUAGGCCGUUGCUUUGUAGCGCUCGUUGGGUGGGCACACUUCCGAAUCCCUUGAUGGAUUUGUGAUAGCCAAGUAACGCUGACUGUGUUCUCCUAUCACGUAUCAUUGACGGUUUCUAUUCCCGCUGGUGCAGGUGUCGACGCGCUUGCAUUGGAGAGCAACGGCAACGAGAUCAUCGUCCCAGCAACCCACGUAUAGAUAUAUCCACCGUUCCUUAUUUUUCGCAAUUUCGUUUCGUCGCAACCAAGGUGUAUACUGACGGUCCACAUUCGUUCUUCUUCAUUUCGGUCCAUCACAUCUCAGUCUUCUUUCAUUCUUUACUCAGAUUUUUCUCUGUCUUUUCUUUUCUACCCUUUUUUCUGUUUUUCUGUUUUUCUGUUUUUCUGUUUUUCCGAUGCAAGUACUGCUUUGCACAUGAUGCUUUUUGUUGAUGUUGUUUGUUAAUUCAGUCUUAGCUAAUGCGCGUCUAGGUAAUGCGGAGG